GGUCUCGAGAAUCAAAAGAACGUUUUCCUUGUUCAUUUUCGCACUUCGCCAUGGACGCUCACCACGCAUCUCUAGGUCGACGAACGCUGGAAGAGAUUCGGCAAAAGAGAGCGGCCGAAAGAUUACACAAAGCACCUUCCGGACCAGAUCUGAGCACAGGCUCGAAAUCUAAUGAAACUUCUGGAAUUAGAAAAUCAGAGAGCGGAAGUCGAUUCUCGGAGACCGAUGUGGGUGGUUUAGUAUCUCAGAUACAAGAUUUGCAGAAGAAGAAUGCCGAAUUAGAAGAAGAAAAGAACAUCAUAAGCUCAAAGCUCCAAUCAAAGGAGGUUGAGAAUGGCACUCUUCAGAAGCGAUUGAAUGAACUGGAGACAAACACUGUACCAUCUUUAAGGAAAGCUCUCAAGGAUGUAGCCAUGGAAAAAGAUGCAGCAGUUGUUGCCCGGGAGGAUCUGUUAGCCCAGCUUCGCACUUUAAGGAAACAAUUGAAGGAAGCAGAGGACGAACAAUAUCGAGCGGAGGAAGAUGCUGCAGCCUUGAGAGCAGAAUUAAAUUCAAUUCAACAACAAGCAAUGAGUGGCUCUUUUGCCGGAAUCACUCCAACAACUAAUCCACUUGAUCAGAUGCAAAAUUUGGAAAAGGAAGUAUCUAAACUAAAUGCUGAGUUGCAGAAAAUUUCAAUCUUGAGGCAGCAAGAUCUACAAAAGUUAUCAGAGGAGCAAUCCCGUAUUUCAUCCCUCAUUUCUGAAAAGCAGGAACUUGAAGAAAAGCUUGCAAAUACGUCCACAAAGGCCUCAGAGAUCUCAGAAAAGGCAGUGGAGAAGACUUUUUCAGUUGAAGAGAAGAGCAAGCUUGAGAAGCAGUUGCAUGACAUGGCUGUUGCGAUCGAGAGGUUGGAGAAUAGUAGACAGAAGCUUCUGAUGGAAAUUGAUUCGCAGUCUUCAGAAAUAGAGAGGCUGUUUGAGGAAAACUCUACUCUAUCCAGCUCUUACCACGAGGCUGUGAGCAUAGGAGUACACUGGGAGAAUCAGGUGAAAGACUGUCUAAAGCAGAAUGAAGCACUUCGCAGAGUUCUAGACGAGUUGAGAACAGAACAAUCGAACAGUCUGCCGGUGUCAUAUAGAGAUGGGGCAGUUGAAACUCAGUCUCCGCCAUUUACAUCUGACCUUCUCUCCCUCAAGGCCCAGCUAGCAAAAGAACAGAGCAGAGCAGAGAUGUUAUCAGCAGAAGUAUUGGAGCUGUCAACGCGACUCCAGCAGGCUACACAAGCAUAUAACGGGCUCACACGCCUCUAUAAGCCAGUGCUGCGGAACAUCGAAAGCAGCCUAAUUAAAAUGAAGCAAGAUGGAUACGUUGGUGUACGCUGAAUACAAAUGUAUUUCCAAGGAAACUUCAUACAAACUCUGGAAAAACUGAGUGUGUCUAUGGAAGGUUUAUCAUCUGUCACAUAUUUUCCUUUUGUGAGAAAUAUUAUUUCAAAACUAACUGGAGGACCCCUUUUGGGAGUGUACUUUUUUAGCUUUAUGUUAGAUUCCAAACAAAAGCCAAUAGUACAUUCAUAUUCAUUUUAUACUGAAUUUAUUAUAUCAUUCUUUUAAUGUUUCAAACGUUGUUCUAUAGCUUUUGGCUAAUUGGAUCUUGAAGUAAAUCAUAUAAUGAUUUGAUGGAGACUUGAUCAGCUUUAUUAUUUGAUCAGCGGCGGACCAAAUUAUUGUAGAAAAGGACAGGCCCAAUUGAGUGCUUUACAUUGCAUUUUCGUUCAUCUAUUCUUAUUAUUAGACAAAUCUAUUACUUAUUCAUUAGUUUUUCUUUACUACAUUCUCCAAACUUCAAACAUGGAUUACAUAAACUGUUGGAGCAAUUGUAACCAGUGUAAACUCUUUCCCUUUUCCUGUUUUUUUAGAGCAAGGGUUAAACUCAUCGAAUCAUUAAAGUUAUUUUGAGCUAUUAUUUUGUCUCUUUAGCUAGCUGGAUUGCACCAAUUGGCAAAUUUUCCCUUCUAACAACUUUGGAGUAAAGAGGAGGAAAGAAAAGGGGGGAAGACAUGAACAGAGAAAAGUUGAUAGCAUGGCUGUAAAUCUCACCCUGUUUUUAUAUUUAUUGAUAUUUUGUAACAAAGCUUUCUACAGGUUGGCAAAAGGAACGCUGAUUAUAAUUCAGGAUUCAAUGAGGAAGAGAUAAGCAGGGAAGAAAGCUCAACAAUGGAGUCCUCAAAGAUUUGUUUCUGCAUUCCUCGCCACAAAAAUGGCCUCAAAGCUGAUGGAGAAUCAGAGAAAUCUUCCAAAUCAAAGCCUUCCCGCCGCAAAUCUCGCCGUGCUGCAAAAGGAGGUAAGCAUUCCCCUAGUAGUGAUAGCAGUGGAGAUGGAAACACAGGUGAUGCAAAUGAAAGCAGCGCCUCUGCCGCCGUGGCUGCUGUUGCAGUCACAGCGGUGGCUGUGGAUGCUUUAGAAGAUGAUGGUGGCAGCUCGCAUGGCCACGGCGGUGAGGGAGGCGGUGGAGGUGGCGGAGAUUAGGAAUCGGUUGAUCGGAGUGUUGAUUUAUUGCUUUUUUUUCUCAUUGCUUCCGUUUUGAUGAUCCUUCUGCGGGUUUGCUGAAUUUUGGUUUGAUUGAUGUGUGGGAGUCUUGUAUCAUUUUGUUUGAAUUACAGUAUAUGAGCAUCUGGGUCUUGAUUUCCUUUGUUAUAUUAUAGAAAACUUUGUAAAAACAUCUUGAAAUGGUGGCUGCUUUCAGCUCUGUUUUUGUU